UUGAUGAUAUUCUAAUUUAUUGAGAUGCUUCUAGAAUACCAUAGUGUCCAUCAGCCAUAACAUUAUGACCUUAAUCUGUACUGGAUAAUAUUGAGGGGGGUGGGAUGCUGUUGCCACUUGGGGGCACCGCGGAUCUUUAGAAAUUAGGCAAACGUAAACAACAAAUAAAAAAAGUCUCAUGUUGCAACAACAUGAGGAACUUUGCUCGUUUUUGUUGUUUAGUGGUUUCGUUGUUUGCUUUGUUUUGACCCUUAAUAAUACUUUUAGGAAGUUAAACCAAAACACGUCAGGCCAGAUUACUUUUACGGAGGAGGACUUGCUCUUAUGUUUUCAUUGUGACCUUUCCUGAGUUUUUGUGUUGAGCAAUAAGGAGGAAUGUUUGUGGGAAAGAAACAGCUGGGGGUGGGGGUUGACUCAAAGCGUCGUCUUCCGCUGUCUUCCAUAUCUUGGGAGAAGUGUUCAUAUUCGCCUCCUUCCAUAGAGCCCCGCCCCGGUCCGACUGCACACCUGAGCAGCCGCAGGUAAAGUCGAAGCGGACCUCAGUGUGUCUGCUUACUUACAAGACGCGAAGAAGACGGGGGUUGGAGGAGGUAGAGGUUCCGACUCGGAACUGCUGUAGUUGUUGCUGGAUAAAACGGACAGUAUGGGAGAGGCACCGGCCAGAGAAGAUUGUACAGUGACACGAUCAGCAGAGUAUGUUGGCUCAUUUCUUGUGGAUGACUGCUGUUUGGAUGAUCAGAUGAAGCAACUGCACACACAACUGAAGUACUUAAAGGCAUGCGAGAGAAGCAGGCCAGUGACCCUAAAGUUCUCCCUCAAAGGGGUGAAGAUGUAUGAUGAGGAUGACAUGACCCUCCUCAUGGCCCAUGCUUUGCGAAGAGUCUCUCUGUCCACUGCCCGCCCAACAGAUGCCCAGUUUGCCUUCGUCUCCCAUAACCCAGGCAGCACCGAUGGUCAACUUUACUGCCAUGUCUUUAAAGCAAGACAUGCACGGGCGGCCCAAUUCCUGAACCUGCUGCUCUGCCGAUGUUUCCAGUUGUCUUAUUUGGAGAAACAUCCAGAAGAAGCACAAGAACAUUCCUCUGGGUCAUUGCCUCAACGUAAGCCCUCGCUGCUCAACCACGGCUUCCCUCUUAGCGUCAGCGCCCUGGUUUCCUUCAGAAGAGCCCCCUUUCGAGGAUUGCUGUUGAGCACAAUGCAAUCGAAGAAGUCCUCCAAUGACCUUCAUGGCACCCAGGAUGAAGUUUUUUCACCCUUCACUCCCUCAUUGAUGCGCAAGAAAGUCAUCCGCACCAAAGGACUACGCUCUGGGGCUUACCGCUCCUUCACUUUCACACCACUCAAACAGCUCAGCGUUCAGGAGGACAUGAGUGUGUCACAAGGUGGGCCAAGAGUUCACAGAGCUCUAUCAAGAGUCAAAGAAAUGAUUAGAAAAAGGUCAAGACAAAGUGCCAGUGAGGAGAUCGCGGGCUCCAAGCUUAGCCGAAACAGAAGAAGCAUUGGCUCAAGUAGUGUGGUGUUGGGCUGGUCUCGCAACGCAAGUGUCUCAAAGUUCUUAAAGUAUCUUGCCUUCACUGAUUUCUUUAUGUCAUUAAUACAUCAGUGGUUUUCUCUCCUUGGUUGCAGUGACAGCUGCUACUCCCUCCUUGCAGAUGAUGUUCUGGGAUCAUACCUUUUGUGCCCACAUCCUAAAAAACCUAAACAUGGUUCUCUCAUUAUUCGCUUCCCCUCUGGCCUGGUCACCCACCUCAUAGAAAACCCUCGUAAAGGGAAAUUCAUGUUGGAGAAAUGCAAAACAGAAUUCAGUUCCAUUGCUGAGCUCAUUGAAUACUACUCAGUGAUCCUGGAUGAGCUGCCUUGUCAACUGAGCUGUGCACGGGUGAACCACUGUUAUGAGUGGGAGGAAAAUGCCAACACAAAAAGGCUGCAAAGCUUUACAAAAGCCCAACUAAAGCCAGAGUUAAAAGUACCCCCCAAAGGGAAUGAGUAUAAACCCUGAGAGAAGUGAGCUGCCAACCUUAGAGGAAACAAAAUAAGAGACACUUUUCUAUUUCUUUUGCACAUUCUUUUUUAGAAUAUAAAUCACAUGGUAUAAAGGGGACUUUUCACUCACUGUAAAACACAUUGUACCUCAGCGUUGGCACUUGUACAUGCUCUGUAUCCACCAAAUUUCAUCUUGGUACUUAUUUGUCAGAGGUAAUAUUGAGUGUUUGCAGCUUUUAUGUCAAGUCAAUUUUAAAAGUAUUUUACAUGCCUGUAAGGCAUUUGGAUUUUAAAUGUUUUUAGAUAUAAAACUUUUAACGUAUGGACUUUAUGGCAGGGCCUUAACUUCUCCUUCGUUUUUUAAAUUUUUCCUCGAUCUUCUACAGAUGUUACCUCAGUAAAUAACCAUGUUUGUUUUUAUCGUGUCUACACAUUACUCUGUUUAGAAGACCAAAUGCAGUGUUCCAUAUUAUUUUGAGUUUAUUUCACAUUGUGUACAGUUUUUUGUAUCAACGUUUAGAACAUAUCUACAUUAUUUACAAUAAUAGGAGAUUUCUGAUUCAUCACGUCUGCUGAGCUGUGUACCAUGACCAGUCUACAUACAGGUUUUAUGUCCAUUUAACAAUAAAUCCUGGACUCUCUUUUCAGUCCACAUCCCAACAUAAAAUGUGUCCUAUUCUUUACUUUUUUGCAUGCUUGACAAAAAAGUGUAGGGUUACAGCUUCAUUGUCGAUGAGUUAUGAACCCUUAUCCAAUGUGUAUGUGUACUUCAAAUUAAACUGAAGCUUCA